ACGAACCAAGGCAACGUGAAAUAGAACUUCAGAUUUGACUUUUUUGGUUUACCUAUGAUGACUGUCUUUUAAGUUUGUCCAGGAACAAAUUGAAAUAUAAUGUUGACGCGAUCAACACCGAAGCGCUCCUCGAGGCAGCUGAUUCACGACAGUAGGAGCCACCAAUCUCGGAGUCGUGACAGAGGUAGUGGUGAAUCGAGCGCCGGAUCAAGCACAAGCACCUGUAGUCGCGAGUCCACCUCAUCAACGUCGUCGUCGUCGUCGUCGCCUUUUUCACCACGGCAGUCGUUGGUCCGUGUCCGAACAGAAGCCAGGAAGACAUCGCAGGGUAGGUCUGCAGCACCUGCGUCAGCCACGUUUUCGUCGUUUUCGUCGUCCUCGUCCAGCACCGCUAGACUUGCUGGAUUCGAUUCUCCUUCACGGCCGAAGAAGAAACUGCUUUCGACACGUGGUGUGGCGGGAAACGGAAACGCGAAUCUUCAUGCGAAUGGUGAAGGACGAGGAGGAGCAGGAGGCUGCACUCAGAAGAAAAUCGACAACGAGGCCUGCGGUAGUAGCGGGUCAACAUCAUCAAAGGUAGUUUCGCAUGGAAAUAGCUCUAAAGACCAGGACGAGGCGGGCUCACCGCGACCGGUUCCGGCGAUAAUGCGGGGAUAUGAUCAACAGAAGGCGGCGACCGCUUCUACGCAAAAGAAGAACACAGAAAGUUGUAGGUCGAAUACACAAGCGACAUUUUUCACGUUGCUGCCACGUGAUGAAAAGCCAGUUUCUACUGUGCUCGAGGACGACGGCGGCGAUGAUCACGACGUGAACCAUCGAAGUAGACCUGGAAUGGAAAAAGAGGAUGAAGUGCUUCCCUUCCUUGACCAGCUGUUCCGAGACGAUGGGGGCCUUCAUCUCCAGUCACGAAGAGGAGCACGAGCACGAAAGAAAAAGACACGACGAUCGUCAACUCUGCCGGAUGAAUCGCUUUCAUCCUACUUGUCCAGAGGCGAAGAUGAAGGGGAUGAGUCUUCGGGCUCGCCAGUACAGCGGCCUGCCCUCGUCGGGGCCACACAUAGCCGCAUGCAGGUUCCGCGGCAGCAUCAGCAGCCCACUGUUGGCACACGAACGCCACGACCAGGACUAGAAACCGUAACAGACACACCCACGACCAGGGGGAGACACAAGACCCGCUCCAAGUUCAAGCCUUGGAAAAAUUUGCAUCGGGAGAAAUCUGCCACUACAGCGAGUCACAACACUAUCAAAGAAAAAUGUUCGUCAAGAUCACUCAUGCGCAUUUUUGCAUAUACAAAAUUGUUUGCCAUGCGUAAAAAUGCGUCUUCACAGCCAAACUUUAUUAGGGUAGGGAUUUCCCUAGUGUUUCUGCAAUACAUGAAAAGUCUGUGAUGCUGAGAAAAUUUGUAACGCAAAGCGAAAGCCUGCAAGUUAGUGACUGUGACAAACUUUUUUUUCUCCAUAAACACCGCCACGACGAAAGCUGCGACUACGGAUGAUCUACCGCUGGCUCCUGACGACCUGGCUGCGAGAGCUGAGCCUGAUGCUGCCGCCGCGGGCGUGUGUGGAGCAGGGAGGACGAUGCUCACAGGUUCUUGCUCCCUGGACGAGGACAGUGAUUCACAUUCAGAGAGAGCAUCCUUGCGCAGUCGAACGAAAGUCAAAACUGACGCCGCCGUUGCCACGAAAAGCGAGGAAAGAGUGACUGGAGGUGGUGGGGCCAUGAAAGCCGAAGGUGCAGCGUCGAAAAUUCUACCUGUGCCAACGAAGAAAGAAGAGAAACCGCCGGUGCCAAAACCAAAAGCGCUAUUGCACCAACAACUAGAAGCUUCUUCAUCUUCUAGUGCGGGACGAACCGGCGACGCAGAUCAUGGAGCUGGUCGUGCUGACAAAUCCUCGAGCAAAUUGCUGACUCCAGAUCUUCCGGACGAGGGGCGGAUCAUUCGUACGAAGAGGCGUGGAGCUCGAGAACAGCAUCCGCAUGAUGCUGAUACAGCCUUUCCUCGCGAAUCUUUAGAGACGUGUCUGCAAAAGCUUGCUCUCGGUGGGCAAAACGCAGAACCCGACGAGCUUCGUAUGCAAUCCUCCGCGCUUCAUCCGGCUACGAACUUCUGCCAGCGCCCUUUUAUCCGCGCCUCCGACACAAUAUCUGCUGGCGGCACUUUUAAUUCUCCCUACGCCUACAACAGCUUCGGCUAUGGCUCAUCUUUGUGGGAGCGCUAUCCGUUUCUGCCGCAGUCGGCUCACGGGCAACAUUUUGCGAGGCAGAGGAAAAAAGAAAGACUUCGAGCGAACCAGAAUCGCCUUUACGAAGAGGAUCCAGAGUAUCUCGAGAAGUACAAAUGUUGGAUAGAAGACAAGCAAGAGUUGGUCUAUGCUGAAGAGCAAAGCCCGACCUCGGGAGUUCGCCAUUUGAAGCGACACGUCCAACCGUACCUGUGCGCGAAGCUGAUAAAUCGCGAAGGGGAGAAAGAAGAACUGCAAAAGAUGAGAAGGGAGGAGAAGAAACUGCAAGAGUUUUUCGCCGGGGAGUUUGCUGCGAAACAGAAACUCGACAACAAGGAAGAAAGACAAACAAGAGCGCCAAUCCGGGCAGCGAAUGACGCAAGAGGAGUAAAGCGCGACAAGAAAAACCACUCAAACUCUGAUGAUGAAAACAGCGAAUACUCGCACUCCCAGAACUCGGAGAAAAAGCAAAAUCGCGGCAUCACUUUUCAACUACCGGGAAGAAAGAGCACGACGCCGAAGCCGACCUCAACGCAGCUGGGUACAACGAGCGCAAGAACGGUAAAGACGCUGAGUGAGAAGGACCGGAAAGCCGCGAAAGAGAGGAGGAGAAGGGAGAAGCUAGAGAAAAAACCUCCUGCGGCGCUCUCUGCGGGCCAUUAUUUCAAGCCCAUGCCUUUCAAAAACAGAACGCACUGGACCGGGUUGAGCGAAGCCGACCGGACCGCGGUUAAAUCCGCGAUCAUCAGAGGCGUGCACCGCCUUGCGCCGCACCUUCCCCAGGGCUGGAAUCGCGGGGAGCAAAGGCCCCAUUCCGUUCACAAAGUCUGCGAGACCAUCGGCGAUAAGCAGUGCCGGAUGCUUGCCUGGGACCUGUUGCGAAUGGCGAAAGUCGCGGGCCACAAAAGGGUGAAGGGCAGGAAGCUCCCAAAUUCCGCCGCGACGGAAAGAUCGUGGAAGUUUCAAACGUUACUGCCACCACACGAACAUCAGUACUCCCCAGCGCAAUUCGACGAGUUCGGGUGCAUAACGCAGGGCGAGUGUUUGCGCGCCACGCGCGACGAGAUUAUGUGGCAGGAUGAUGGAAUGGUUGUCGUGGGUUUGUCGGCGCCCGUGAGCAAGGACAAAACCACGACGAAAGAGAGUUACUUUGACGACCACGUGUUCCGCGACGCGAAAUUCAUCGGAGGUGGCGAACACGGCUACAAGAAAGGGCUUAUUCCUGGCUCCCUUCGGGAAAAAACGGCGGAAGAAGGAUAUGGCGUCCGGAAGAUGCUUCUUCCGAUGGGCAAUUUCCUGCGUAACCACCGGCUGAAGGCUCUGUCUGACAGUCGGAACGCGGAUUUCCUCCUGUUCCGCGUGGAUCAACACGCGCUCGUCGAACUGGCCUGGGGCCUUGAUGAGGAAGACAAUAACUGUGACCAGCCUCCUCCUCCUGAGAACAUUACUUGCGAUUUCCCGAUCGGCGGCGCCGAAAGUGCAGUGAGGAAGUGCCUGUCUUGGUUGGGCCAUUUCGUGGAGCUUUUGAACUACAACGACGUUCUUCAUUACGGCGCCGGGGUGGAAAUCUUCGAGCGCCAACACCAAAAGUGGAAGCCAGCGAACCCGCUGCAAACGGAAUGGAAAAAGAUCCCAAUUUGGCUAGUUUCUUGCCGCGACGCGAACCGGGAGCCGCAUAAGCGCGUCGCGAAUAACGUGGAAGCGUUGCUCGGAGCGCUGCAGUGCCUGUUUCAGGAAAGGCCAGAACCAGAAGUAGCUGGGUUUUACAGUCCCUCGCUAGACCGCUUUGAGAGUAAGAGUAAAAGCGGCCGCUCGUCGCUGGAGAGUAUAAGCCAAUCUCUGCAGCGUUUGGUCGUGCUGCUCUUGCUGGACAAAAUUUUCACGAGAUUUCACGAUGGCACACUGCAGCUUGAGCCGUGUACGAAGGAGGAAAUGGAAAAGAACGAGCUGUGCCAAAACGUGUACAUGCGAAGGAAAUGGCUGGACCACUUUGGCGCAAACACCUCGGAGGAUUGCGACCGCAAGCCGUUCGUGGAUAUGGUGGCGAGGUGCUUCCGCUUGCAAGUUGGGGCAGAUUGGUGGGGUAGGCCCUUGCACGUCGUCGAAGAGUGGUUGGCGAGCACAGAAAACGUGUCGUGUGCGCCGCCCAAGUCGGAGGUAAAAGAAGACCACGGCUCGUCCUGUCUACUUGCAAAGGAAAGAACGCCGCUCCUCCAAGAGGAAGGAAAAAGUGGCUGUGGUCUUGUUGAGGAAGGUCUUGGUCGUGGAGGUCUCGCAACAGCUGGAGUCGCAAGCAAAGCCGCUACCUCUUACAAUCACAAACCACUCGCGACCACGACCGCAGAAUCCGCGAGAAAAUCAUUAUGAGUUUGCACACCCACACACUCGAAAAGCAUUCUAGUCAUCAUGCCAGGUAAAUGUCAUACUCAUUCCAUCGAAGUUGCAACCUCGAUAUGUCGAGGGAAAUAGCGCUUCGUAAAUGACUGCAUGUGCUCCGGCAAUAACAUUUUUUGAGUCUUUGAUGUCUACACGCACAAAAAUGUACGAAGAGCACGCACAAGAGUGAUUUAUGAUGUACAGUCUGAUGAAUAUCUUCAGUUGGUGGAUGUAAUGUUCGAAUUCGUUGGCUUUGGCCACGUAGUUUUUCGAAAGCGCAUCGGUAACGAUGAAAAAGAAUCAGAGUGUAGAAUUUAUC